GCUCGAAGAAUUCUACAAAGAUCGCGACAUGCGAGGACUGUACCAACACCUCAAGAGAUCAGUGGGCCUCAGCGGGAGACAAGCGGGGGGACAGCAGUUCGUCGCGGAUGAGAACNCACGGGCAACGAAAGGCCUCAAAAACUGGAAGGCACCCGGCCAUGACUCCCUCCCUACCGAGUUGCUCAAGAUCGAUGACGACGAACCCUUCGUCCUGGGACACCUCCAUACCAUCCUCGUCAAGGUGUGGAACGGAGGAGAUAUUCCGCGAGAGUGGAAGGAUGCAACCAUCAAGGUGCUGUACAAGAACGGUGACCAGUCCAACUGUAACAACUACAGGGGGGUUUCGCUACUAUCUCACGUAGGCAAGGUCCCCAUCAAGAUCAUCACCAACCGUCUAAGCGCCUUCUGCAAAGCCAACAACAUCGUCCCGGAGUAACAGUGCGAAUUUCGACCCGGGCGAUCCACCGUCGAUAUGCUGUUAGUCGUGCGCCGCCUCCAGGAGCUGGGGCGGAGAAAGAAAAUACCGCUCUACAUGUGCUUCGUCGACUUGAACAAGGCGUAUGAUUCGGUGGACCGAGAGAUGCUAUGGAAGGUGCUGGCCAGGGCCGGGAUUCCCGCGAAGCUGAUCUAAGUCAUCCGCCAAUUCCACGAUGGAAUGCGGGCCCGGGUGCGCAUGGACGACGGAGAACUGUCGGACUGGUUCUUGGUGAUACAGGGCGUGCGACAAGGAUGUGUGCUAUCCCCACUCCUGUUCAAAUCCUCUUCGCCGAGGUCCUCGAGGUCGUUGUCAUCCGAUUCAGCGAGGAUGAUGUUGUUCUGCGGAGCCUGGUGUGCUUGGAGGAGGGGAAGACGGAAGCCGG